AUGCCCGCCGACGCCCGAUCUGCCGACCGUGUCUCCAACUACAACAAGUUCUGGGAGAAAAAGUCCACCGACGACAACGACACCCACCGUGCCAACAGGCUCGACCAGUACACCGAUGUCGUGAACGGCUACUACGACGGCGCGACCGAGCUCUAUGAGUACGGAUGGGCCGAAUCGUUCCACUUUUGUCGGUUUUACAAGGGCGAAGCGUUCCUCCAAGCCCUUGCUCGUCACGAGCACUACCUUGCUUCCAUGAUGCACCUCAAACCCGGUAUGCGAGUCCUUGAUGUCGGCUGUGGUGUCGGAGGCCCGGCUCGAGAGAUUGCCCGUUUCGCCGAUGUCAACAUUGUCGGCAUCAACAACAACGACUUUCAAAUCGGCAGGGCCACUUCCAAGUCUGCCAAGGCUGGACUUUCCGACAAGGUCUCUUUUGUUAAGGGCGACUUUAUGAAGCUCAGUGAGCAAUUCGGCGAAGGUUCUUUCGAUGCCGUCUACGCCAUUGAAGCCACAUGCCACGCCCCCAACUUUGAGGGUAUCUACGGCGAGAUUUUCAAGUGCCUCAAGCCCGGCGGUGUCUUUGGUGUCUACGAAUGGUGUAUGACCGAUGCCUGGGACCCCUCUGUGCCCGAGCACAAGGAGAUCGCUCACGGCAUCGAGGUCGGAGACGGUAUUCCCGAGAUGCGAAACCUUGCCGCUGCCCGGGACGCCCUCAAGUCUGUCGGUUUCCAGAUCGAACACGAGGAAGACCUUGCCGACAGGCCUGACCCUGUCACUUGGUACUACCCUCUGGAAGGAGACCUUAGAAAGGCCCAGACCCCUUGGGACAUGUUUACUUGCUGGAGAACGUCCAAGAUGGGUUACACCAUCACCCAGAACGCUGUUUGGUUCAUGGAAAAGCUCGGCCUUGUCCCCAAAGGUACCUACGAUGUCGGUGAGAGUCUUAUUGUCGCCGCCAAGGCCCUCAUUGCUGGUGGCAGGAGCAAGCUUUUCACUCCCAUGGCUUUGUGGAUCGCCCGCAAGCCCGCCAAUUAG